AUGAAGAUGUCCUGGUGGAAGAGGAAGUUCUCCCUGCAGUCUUACCUGGGGGCCCUGGCUUGUUACAUGCUGCUAGCCAUUGUGGCUCUGAGACUUUCUCUCCGAUUGAAAUGUGACUUUGAGCACCUGGACCUGGAGUCCAAGGACUUUCAAAGCCAACGCUGUAGGAACAACUUGUACAUGACCCUGAAGCUGCCAGCAAAAAAGUCCAUCAACUGUUCUGGGGUCAUUAGAGGGGAUGAGGAAGCCGUGAUUCAGUCUCUCCUGGAAAACCUAGCAAGCAAGAAAAACAGGAAGCCUUUCACCGACGCGGACUACCUCAACCUGACCCACAACUGUGAGCACUUUAAGACCCAGAGGAAGUUUAUAGAGUUCCCACUGAGCAAAGAAGAGUUAGACUUCCCCAUUGCCUACUCCAUGGUGGUCCAUGAGAAGAUUGAAAAUUUUGAAAGACUGCUGAGAGCUGUGUAUGCCCCCCAGAACAUAUACUGCGUCCACGUGGAUGAAAAGUCCCCAGAACCAUUCAAAACGGCCAUCAAGGCGAUUGUCGCAUGCUUCCCAAAUGUCUUCAUGGCCAGUAAACUGGUUCCAGUGGUUUAUGCCUCGUGGUCCAGGGUGCAGGCAGACUUGAACUGCAUGGAAGACUUGCUCCAGAGCCCGGUGCCAUGGAAAUACUUCCUGAACACAUGUGGGACAGACUUUCCCAUAAAGACCAAUGCCGAGAUGGUCCAGGCUCUCAAGGUGUUGAAUGGGAAGAGCAAUAUGGAGUCAGAGAUGCCUACGGAGUACAAAAAAUCCCGCUGGCAAUAUCACUAUGAGAUGACAGACACGCUGCGCAAGACCAGCAAGAUGAAAGACCCUCCGCCCGGCAAUUUGCCUGUGUUCACAGGGAAUGCCUAUAUCGUGGCUUCGCGAGAUUUCGUCCAGCAUGUUUUAGAGAACCCCAAAUCCCAACAACUGAUUGAGUGGGUAAAAGACACCUACAGCCCCGAUGAGCACCUCUGGGCUACCCUUCAGCGAGCACCGUGGAUGCCUGGCUCUGUUCCCUACCACACCAAGUAUGACGUCUCGGACUUGGCUGCCAUUGCCAGACUGGUCAAGUGGCAGAAUCACGAAGGAGACAUGAGACAGGGGGCGCCUUACCCACCUUGCACUGGAAUCCACCAGCGGGGUAUCUGUAUUUAUGGGUCUGGGGACCUACAUUGGAUGCUACAGACCCAUCACCUGCUGGCCAACAAGUUUGAUCCAGCCGUGGAUGACAAUGCCCUCCAGUGCUUAGAAGAGUACCUGCGCCAUAAGGCCAUCUAUGGGACUGAACUCUGA